GACUAAAGUGCAUUGCGAAUUAUAACUGACUUGUGCAAUCAGGUUACUGUACCAUCAUUGUGUAACUUUUGGAACUGUGACGAGGCUUACGGUGUUUCACAGAGCAACUGAUGUAGCAAAGACAAGAACGUUUUGAAAAGAGGAUGUGUACUCCCACAGCACUGACUGCCCUCCAGAAAGCAGAGGAGAUAGAAAAAUUAAUCAAUAAAAGCCAUGAGGCCAAGUCAUUUGCAUAUUGUCCAUACAGCAAGUUUCCAGUAGGAGCUGCUUUAUUGACUGAGGAUGGACAGGUGUUCACAGGCUGCAACAUUGAAAACGCAUGUUUCACAGUGGGAGUCUGUGCUGAAAGGGCAGCCAUUCAUAAGGCUAUCUCAGAAGGUUUCCGAAAAUUCAAGGCAAUAGUUAUUUCCAGUGAUAAAUCAGACAAUUUUAUUGCUCCAUGUGGUGCAUGCAGGCAAGUCAUGAGAGAGUUUGGAACUAAGUGGGAAGUAUACUUGACAAAACCAGAUAAGUCCUAUAAGACGAUGACUGUUGAAGAACUCUUGCCAAUGUCUUUUGGACCUCAGGACCUGCCAACCAAAUCGCGAAUGUGAAAUAAUUCAGAACAACCUUCUGCUCCAAACAAUAAUAAGGAACCCUAAGCUUUAUUCUUAUUGCGUAUGAGGCAUUUUCUAAUUCAUUCAAUUACCAACUAAAAUGUGUCCAGAAAUGGCAUGUUUCUGAAUUUGAUGCUUGAUAUAACAUUCAAACUACAACUGAAACUUCAACUUGU